AUGUGCUAGAUUGUUUUUCUAUAGUAGUGAGUUGUUGUAGCCGUUUAACUGUUGUUGCUACCUAUUGGAUAUAUUUAUACAGAUAAAGUAGGACAGAUAAGAUUUAAGAAUGCUGUAUUUAAUCGGGUUGGGUCUGGGUGAUGCCAAAGAUGUUACUGUUAAAGGGCUUGAAGUGAUUAGGAAGUGCAGUCGAGUUUAUUUGGAGGCGUAUACCUCGAUUCUCACUGUGGGAAAAGAAUCUCUGGAAGAAUAUUAUGGGAGAGAGCUGAUCCUUGCUGACAGAGAACUGGUAGAACAAGAUGCAGAUGGAAUUUUACAGGAUGCCAGUAACGUAGAUGUAGCUUUCCUUGUAGUUGGUGAUCCUUUUGGGGCAACAACACACAGUGAUUUAGUUCUGCGUGCAGUAAAGAUGGGGAUUCCUUACAGAGUUAUCCAUAAUGCCUCAAUAAUGAAUGCUGUAGGAUGCUGUGGUCUGCAGUUAUAUAAUUUUGGAGAAACCGUAUCCAUAGUUUUCUGGACUGAAAACUGGAAGCCUGAAAGCUUUUAUGACAAAAUUAAGAAGAAUAGACAAAACAAUAUGCAUACACUUUGCUUACUUGAUAUCAAAGUCAAGGAGCAGUCCCUGGAAAAUUUAAUGAAAGGAAGGAAGAUUUAUGAACCUCCUCGAUUUAUGCGUGUAAAUCUAGCAGCAGAGCAACUUCUGGAAAUUAUCCAGAACAGAAGGAACCAAGGAGAAGAAUUGGCAAUUACAGAAGACACAAUUUGUGUUGGCUUGGCUAGAAUAGGUGCUAUAGACCAGGUUAUUUCCUCUGGCACUUUGAAACAGAUGGCAACAGUCGACUUGGGAGCACCGCUCCAUUCUUUAAUUAUCACAGGUCAUAUGCAUCCUAUGGAAAUAGACAUGCUUAAGCUCUUCUCUGUGGAUGACUCUAGUUUUAAUAAUUUGAAUCAAAUCGACAGUUCAACAUAUAACUCAUAAAAUAAAGACAGUGUUCUAUAAUAUUUAUGGUACUCCUAUUAACUGUUUUCUGAAAUCUACACUGGGAGGAUGUCCUCUAAAUAUUUAAAAGUUGUCCACAGACAGCAGGUAAACUGGAGAUUUUGCAAACAUUUUUCAUAUGUAUUUGUUCCAAAUUUUCAGUUAAUUUUGUCAUUAUUUAUAUGUUUAUGGUAAUAAUUCAUACUAAGUUAUGAGUGUUCUACUUAUGACAGAUGUAUUUCUUAAUUCAAACAAUUAAUUGUAGAAUAGAUUCUGUGGACACACUGAAAAGUAGAUAGCUCUCAACAGUUAAAAUCCCUUAAUGAUACAUGGAUGACCCAUGCUGUUCAGUCAGACUUCUUUACCAGUCUCAGUUUGACUUUUUUUUUCUAUGCCCUGAGGGGCAUAUCCCCAAUGUGCAUUUGCAUUGAGGUCAUGUACUGAGUAUAUAAGAGCACCUAAUCCCAGUGCCUGUCGGUUCUUUUCUUCCUCUCACACAGAAAGGACCUCGAGCCUGCUGCAUGUCUGUGAAAAAUUCCAGCAUUAAGUACCUAGAAGCGAAAUAACUGAGUGUCUCUCUGAACCUUAAAUUAUUAAUCUCAAUACAUGCAUGGUGGCACAGAGGGGUUUACCCUCAUCUCUGCCUCAGUAAACCCUGGUUCAGCUAGCAGUCCGACUGCUGGAGGGGGGAGACAAUACAGCUUGUUGUGCCACUGCUAUCUGCUUGAAGCCUUCAGAUGGUGUAACAGCAGAGAUGCUGGAAAAAGGAUGUUGUGACUUCAGCCUGCCAGGCAGCACUGUACUCUGCAGUUGGGGAUAAGUGAGCAUGAGGAAGUACUCAGUAACCUUACCAUAGGGCCCAGCAUUGCAGACCCCUGCUUUGACAAGGAGGAUCUGUCACUGCUGUGGAGAGGGUAUUAGAUUAAGAUACCCCACCCACCUGAAUGAUCGCCAAUAAUGAGCUUACUGUUGCCCCUGCUACAGCAUUAGCUAUUAGGACAGAAGGACAAAAGGGCCAAGCAUUUAGUGGGAAAAGUUUGAUAAUUAGCAUGGGGGGGGGGGGUAGAAGAUUAUGAUAAAGGGGAAAAAAAUGCUAGUCAAGACCUGCACCAGAAUUGUUUUUAUUGGCUUUGGGAGGAGAACAACAUGAAUCACUGCUAUAAGUACUAACAGUUCUGUGUUGCUGCAUGCAGAUAGAGGGAGAUUCUCAUGGCCUACUUCACUACCACCAAGAUGAUGGCAGUCAGCUGAAAUUUCCUCAUGCAAAAAUUAGUUAAGGUGUAACAGGCAGCCCCAAGGCAUACCACAAAUGUUCCAGAUUUUUGCUGGAUAUUUUUGGUCUGUUCAUCAUAAAAUUUGUGGUUUGUGGCAAAUCGCUGAAGAUUGAAGUCACUAAAUAAUG